AAUGAUUGGUCUGCCGAUGACGGAGUGAAAUGGCAACAACGUCAUUGACCACAAAGAAGAAAACACGUUAAACUUGACGUGGACUAAAGUAGCUGGCCCACUUUGACGAAAAAUACAAUAAGAUUUAUUUGAUUCCGCUGCAUUAAAAGUCGAUAAACUGAUUGGAUAUAAGCCUAGAUGUAUAAUUCUUGAAAUAAGAUGGCCCUAAAUAUUAAAAUGUACGGGGCGUUGUGUGCGGUUUUGUUACCGCUGCUGUUAAUUCAACGAGUGGAUGCGGCUGCAGUGAUAUCAAUCGAUUUGGGGUCAGAAUGGAUGAAAAUCGGCAUCGUGUCUCCUGGUGUCCCGAUGGAGAUUGUACUGAAUAAGGAGUCGAAGAGGAAGACUCCAGCUGUUGUCGCGUUCAGGGAUGGCGUGAGGACCUUCGGGGAAGAUGCAGUCACAGUUGGCGUCAGGUUCCCCAAGAAUUCUUACAAGUAUCUUCUGGACUUGCUUGGAAAACCAUACGAUCACCCUAUUGUUCAAGCAUAUAGGGAAAAGUAUCCAUACUAUGAGAUUGUAGCUUCACCCAGAGGCACCCCCGAGUUUGUUCACGAUGCAAAGACUCGGUUCAGCCCUGAAGAGCUAGUGGCUCAGUUGCUGGCCAAAGCCAAGGACUUUGCAGAGAUCAGCCAUGGUCAACCAAUAACUGAGUGCGUGAUCACGGUCCCCGGUUUCUUCAACCAAGCGGAGCGCCGAGCACUCAAAGAGGCUGCUGCUCUCGCAGGACUCAAUGUUCUGCAGCUGAUCAACGAUUACACAGCAAUUGCCAUCAACUAUGGCAUAUUUAGAAGAAAGGAAAUCAAUGACACAGCGUGGCAUGCCCUGUUCUUCGACAUGGGUGCUGCGUCCACCAAGGCUGCCCUGGUGGAGUACAAGACUGUCAAGAUAAAGGAGAGAGGCUAUGUUGAGACUGUCCCGCAGUUGCAAGUCUUGGGAGUUGGCUUUGACAGGACCCUAGGUGGUCACGAGAUGACACUACGCCUCCGCGAGCACCUGAUCAAGGCGUGGGAGGCCAACGGCGGCGGCGACGUUAGGGCUUCGCCCCGCGCCAUGGAGAAGCUGCUGCGAGAGGCAGAGCGUCUGAAGGUCGUGCUAUCAGCCAACACAGAGCACUACGCGCAGAUUGAGAGCUUGCUGGAUGAUAAGGACUUUAAGCAGUUGGUGACUCGAGUAGAAUUCGAAGAGCUCUGCGCCGACCUAUGGCCGCGCGUGUCCGGCGUGGUCCAACGCGCGGUCAGCGCGGCGGGCGGCGCCGGCGCCGGCGCGCGGCUAGUGCUGGCCGGCGGCGCCGCGCGUGCUCCGGCGGUUCACCAGGCGCUGUUCGCGGCCGUAGGACAUGAACCGGCGCGGUCUAUUAAUGCGGAUGAAGCCGCUACUAUGGGAGCCGUGUACAGGGCGGCGUCCCAGGCCACAGGCUACAAGGUAGCGCCAUUGAACGUGCGCGAUGCGGUACUGCUGCCCAUCCAGGUCACCUUCACCAGAAACGUCGACGGCGCUGACAAGCUGAUCAAGAGAACGCUCUUCGGCCCCAUGAACCCCUACCCGCAAAAGAAGGUAAUCACUUUCAACAAACACACAGACGAUUUCUCCUUCAACGUGAAUUACGCGGAGUUAGACCACAUUCCUACCAAUGAGCUCGUGUACAUCGGCUCCGCUAACCUCACCCAAGUGGUCCUCACUGGAGUAGGUGCAGCCUUAGCUAAGCAUACUGGAGAAAAUAUCGAACACAAAGGAAUCAAGGCACAUUUCGUCAUGGACGACUCUGGCAUACUCAAUCUGGUCAACGUGGAAUUCGUAGCAGAGAAAGCCGUCACUGAAGGUGACGACAUGGAUAGUACUUUUUCUAAAAUAGGCAGCACUAUUAGCAAACUAUUUAGCUCAGAUUCCGAGACGCCAGAUAAGCCCGAAGAAAAGUUAGAAGAGAAACCACAGGAAGCCGAAAAGGCCAAUGACACAGCCAAGGCAAAUGAGACAACCACUGAGAAACAAAACGCGACUGAGACUGAGAAACCUAAACCUAAGAUAGUUGUGCUCAAGGAACCCAUCACUACUGAUCAGGAGAUCUUGAAUCUGCAACCCCUGACGGCUGACCAAUUCAAGGCUUCAAAAUCCAAAAUAAAUGAACUGAACGCCAUCGACAGGAAGCGAGUUGAGAGGGAAACUGCCCUCAACAAUUUGGAAGCGUUCGUGGUUGACGCUCAAAUGAAAAUGGAUAUGGAGGAAUUUUCCGAGUGCGGCACUCCCGAGCAAAUCGAAGAGAUCAGGAAACUGUGCAGUGAAACUUCGGAAUGGCUAUACGAAGAUGGUUACGAAGCGGCCACCGAACUGUUUGAGGAGAAACUAUCGUUGCUCAAAGAUAAAACUAACCCGAUAUUCUACAAGAACUGGGAACACCGCGAGAGACCCGACGCGGUUGCAGCCAUCCGCAACAUGAUCAACAGCUCCCAGGAGUUCCUGAAAAUGGCCAAGAAUUUCACUAAAGAGGCUAACUCUGAAAGGGACAUAUUCACAGAAGUGGAAAUCGAUGUCCUCGAGAAGAAGAUCACGGAAACUGAGACGUGGAUCACCAAGGCCGUCGCAGAGCAGGACGCGAUGAAGAAAAAUGAGGAUAUAAAGCUGACGGUGGAGAGUAUAAGAGAGAAGAUGGCCAAUUUGGACAGGGAGGUGAAGUAUCUAUUGAAUAAGAUGAAGAUUUGGCGACCUAAGAAGCCGGUGAAGAAGGAAUCGGACAACAAAACUGAGGAGACAGUGAUUGAGCCUGAGAAGGCCGAGACCCAGGAGGAGAUUCAGGCGGAGACACAAGCGGAGACUGAGGCUAAAGAGGCACCGGCCGACAACACGAGCACGACCACGGAGCCUCCGUUUCAGAUCGGCGACGGCCAGGACGAACAUUCCGAAUUAUAAUAUUUACGAGUGGAGUAAUUUAUAUUAGUCUAAUUUAUUUUUUACUUUCGAAGUCGCCGUGACUUGUUCGCAUUUCGUGCUGCCGCUACUUACGUGGUUUCGUUGGCACCUUAGGAUUAGGGGCACGCUGUGUGGUUACAGGGUUAGGAAUAGAGCGAGAACUGACGUUGAUUAAAGUAUUUGAAAUACUUUUUGUACUUUUUAUUAUUACAUCUCCCUAUGCUCUGUAUUUCCGAAAUCACAAAUGUAUGGUCGCUAGGACUCACUAGAUUUCUUAGGAUGUAUUGACGAGUGUUGUAAAGGUUGAUUUGUAAAUAUUUCUUAUACUAUUUAUGGUACUGAAUCUAAUUAGUUGAAUUUUAGCACAAAUUGUCUAUAUCGGGGAGGAGCGCGAAAAGCGAACACGUCUAUGAAACUCAAUCUCAGUCGGUACAGCCGCCUCUCUUGAUUCCAUCUGAAAUUUAAUAUUUGUUGUUGUUUCCUUUUGCUAUGUUUUUAUAAGGCGGUUUCUCUAUGUUUAUGCAGUGGCCCCAGGACGCGAGAAUGUUAUAUUUAUUGUAGUUGACUAUGUGAUAUGUAAAUGGCUAUAAGUUGUGAGAGUAUUAACCGUUGUGGCUACAGACAUUCGCCUGAAAAAUGUACAAGCAGUCUAAGAUAUCACACAGAUAAUAAUAGUGUCAAAAUAAAAUACAGUAAGUCGUAAGUGCUAUAAGACAUUAAUAAUCUUCAAAUAACCAACAAUGAAGGUGCGCUCGUUGUCUGUAGCGACAUACUCAUUAAUAAAUUUAACUCCGUAAGUGAGAUUUGUUCAAUACCCAGUCGCAAAAGAAAAUAAAUUAUACAAUGAA